AUGGAUGCUUUCUUGCAGCAGUUUCAACAUCUUCAAAUCCAACUAGAAGAUAUAACAUCAGCCACCGACAACUUCAACGAUGAUAACUGUAUUGGACGUGGUGGUUUCGGGAAAGUUUACAAAGGAGAACUGUCUCACUCUAAGGGACGAAGCAUGGUUGCUAUCAAGGAUCGGGGGCAUGGACAAGGAAUACCCGAGUUCUUGAAAGAGAUCACAUCGCUUUCCCAUUACAGCCAUGAAAAUCUCAUCUCUCUUCUGGGAUUUUGUUACCAAGGGGAUAAGAUGAUCCUCGGGCUAAGGUACCUUCAUGAUCCAAGGGGGACACACCAAAGACUUAUUCACUGUGAUGUAGAAAACGCCAACAUACUUCUCGAUGACAACUGGAAUGGUAAAGUCUCUGACUUUGGAUUAUCGAAAAUGGGUCCCGCUAAUGAGGAGCAAUCGGUUAUUAUCACCUUUGCAGCAGGUACCCCUGGGUACUAUGAUCCGCAGUAUGCGAUGACAAACACUCUAGCGAAAGAGUCAGACCAAUGGUCGUAUUGA